UCUGCAGCCUGAACCGACCUGUCACCUCAAGAAGCAGGAAGUGCUCGUCCCACUUUGUUUGGCAGUUUUAUUUUGCGGAGUUUGUCGCCACUCUCACUUUAGAUGAACAAGACUUAAAGUAGAAAAGGAAGCCAGCGGCGGAGCAGUUCGCUCUUCACACUGGAGUCGCGUUUUGAGACUGGACUUUUUCUUUUGAUGAAAGUAUCAUGGUUAUAGCAGCAAAAAACAGCAAAUCCACAGAGGGACAUGAUCUGACCAAAGGGAUGGAGGAGGUGAAAACACUGAAGCAGUUCCCUCCGUACGGUGCCAUUACUGGACACUCAACGGCAGACAACUGCCCCACAUGUCGUGGCACCGGGCGAAUCCCCAGAGGCCAUGAAGACCAGCUAGUUGCUGUAAUACCGUGUAAUGACGUGAGGCUGAAACCCAGACGCACGAAGCUGUACGUGUGCAUCUCCAUGGUUGUGUGUCUCUUCCUUUGCUGUCUGAUUCUCUUCUUCCUCUUCCCCCGGAGUGUCAUCCUGACGCCUGUGUCUGUGCUGUCAGUCAUGGUCUACUUCACCCCAGAUACAAUUGAAAUGGAGGUCACCAAUCUCAUCAGCAUCUCCAACGAGAACUUUGUCCCGGUUCAGAUUGCCGAGUUUGACGUUCAGGGUCUGGUCUCAAACGCAGUUGUGGGUAAAACCAAGAUAUCUAACAUGACCGCCAUCCCGUCCCGCUCAAAGACAUCUUACAACAUUGAAAUCGACCUGCUUAUUACCGACAAAGGCUUAAACUCUUACUGCAAGUCGAGCUCUAUCAAGAUUCACACGUUGUUUUUGGAGCUGCAAAUGACAAUGAAUAUUUCCUAUCUCUCUCACAUGGAGCAGCUUUCCUUGAACACAUUUGAGUAUAUUGACUGUGGCACCAAUUCAACAACCCCCCAUCCUGUGAGAUGAUGAAAUCAAAACAAAAAACACCAAAGUGGGAGUGUGAAAUGAUGAAUAUUCAGGCCGCAUUGCACCCUUUUCCUCUCCUGUGUGGGAUGUGACUUUGUGAGUGAUAACUACUGUAAAAAAAUGUUUAUAACUUAAGAAAAACUACCAAUGAAUCAGAGUAGAAAUACUCUGAUUCAUAGUCCUGAAUUCACCAUUUUACUUGAUUAGAAGAACAAGUAGCAAGAGAAAAGUACCAAAUAAGUAAAUUUAGUUACAUUCCAACACUGAUUUUAUUCUGUAUGUUGUUUUAGCAUACCUUAUACUUUAAUCAAUCACUACAAUGUUAUAAUUUAAAGAUAUAGAUUAUUGAAAUACACUUAUAUUUUAGCAUGAAUGUUUUUGCUGUUAUUUCUUCCAGAUCUGUAAAUCUAUAUAACAGGCAAAAUAAUCUCAUAAAGGUUUGUGAAACAAGAACAAUUUCUUAAAUUCAAAAUGUAAAAAUGUGUAUUUUAGCUUGAAGACGUGUAUUUUUUCUAAUAAAAAUCAACUCAUUUUUAGGCAGGAUGCCAUAUAAUGUGUAAAUAGGAUCUCUGAUAAUCUUAAAAUAAACUGGCUUUUCGAUUCUG